UAUAACAUAGAAACCAUGGUGGCCCACGGAGUGGAAACUAUUCAUUCCUACAAAAGGGGAGGCAGGAAAUUCGCAUCUGCCUCGUGCUCAGUGCCAGGCGUACAGAAUCAUGCGCUUGCGUGCAAAUUCCCAUACUCCAGCAGAGCACCGAAGACUUUUUCUCGCUCUGAAAAUCCGCACCCGACCCAGCAUAAGAAGAACGCGUACAGCAGCUGUAUCAUUUGUAUUGGAAACGCCGGAGGAGGGAUAGAUAGAGAAGAUUCCAUCAUGGGGGAGGAGGUGAAAAUGACCAAAACACCCUCGACGCAGCACCACUUCGUGCUCGUGCAUGGCAUAAGCCACGGUGCAUGGUGCUGGUACAAAAUCAGAGUACUAUUGGAGAAUUCGGGCCACAAGGUGUCGUGUCUGGACCUUGCCGGAGCCGGUAUCGACCGUUCAGAUGCCGACGCGGUCCUCUCUUUCGACGACUACGAUAAGCCGCUCGUCGAUUUCAUGUCGGCCUUGCCGGAGGGCGAAAAGGUAAUUUUGGUGGGCCAUAGUGCAGGUGGACUGAGUGUAGCCCACACGUGUCACGAAUUUCCGAAUAAAAUCGAGCUUGCAAUCUACGUAGGUGCGACGAUGCUAAGAUCAGGAUUUUGUUGCGAUCAAGACAUCCAUGACGGUGUUCCAGAUUUGUCAGAUUUCGGCGAUGUGUAUGAUCUAGGGUUCGGAUUAGGGCCCGAUAAGCCUCCGACAAGUGCACUUAUUCGGAAAGAAUUUCAACGGAUGAUCUUAUCUGAGUUUAGCCCAGUAGAGGACUCGACCCUUGGCUCGAUGUUGCUGCGGCCUGGGCCAGUUAUGGCGAUACAAAGUGCAAGGUUUGAAGGAGGGAAUGACCAGAUCAACCAGAUAAAACGGGUCUACAUAAGGACCACGCAUGACCGAGUCGUUAAGCCCGAGCAACAAGAUGCGAUGAUCAAGAGGUGGGCCCCGAGCGAGGUGUGGACACUAGAGAGUGACCAUAGCCCUUUUUUCUCAACUCCCAAUGAGCUAUUUGGCUUUCUAAUCAAAGCUUUAACUUAUACCCAUUGUGACUAGAUACGUGUGCAUGUGGUGUAAGCAUGCGUGAUCUGGAUCGUUUGUUUGUUGAGAGGUGCCAUGGAUGGGGUAUUGUGAGAAAAUCACCCUGUUUUGAUAAUCGGCGCCUCUGAUUGGAUGAUUUUUUUUAUGAUUAUAAUUGGGUCUUGAUUGUGUA